GCGCGAGGCGCGAGCAAGGGGCGGUCACGGUGGCGGCGAGCAGGGUGCCUAGCUCCGAGGCUAGUUUUAGGCAAGGACUAGUGAGGUACUUCCGGCGAGGUUCAGGCUGCCGGCGCCACGCACGUUCCAUCCCAUGGCUGCCGCCGUCCACCUCCGCCCUCUCCACUCGUUUGCCCUCCCUCUGUCCGCAGCAAAGGCCGCGCCCAGCUGGUUCCCCAUACCGGUGAAACCCGGUGCGCGGAGGAGGGGGCGCGUAGCCCUGCUCCUCUGCUCCGCGUCUGCCCACGCGCCAGCGUCUCCCUCGCCCUCGGGCGGGGACGGCGCCGCGGCGUCGGCCGCGGCAAAGUGGGUGGAGUGGAUCCCGCGCGCCGCGGCAGGCGCCGGGUCGGUAGCGGGCCCCGAGCAGGUGCUCAGGCUCAUCUCAGGCGCCGCGGCCACGCCCAUCUGCCAGUUCGUCGACAGCCCGCGCACCUUCCUUCAUUCCGUCGACCCGCGCGUCAAGCUGGUGUGGCUGUUGGCCCUUGUUGUCCUACCAGCCAGAUCAAAUAUUUAUAUGCGGUUUGGUUUGGUAGUAUUCCUGGCCCUUCUUUCAAUGUGGAUUUUACCAAAACAUGUUUGGAAGGAUCAACUUGGAAGGGUUGCUCUCCUUUCAGGAUUCUUAUUCAUCAUGCUGGGAUUUGGUGCUGAUGGUGCGCCUUCAUUAGUCCAGACGAGAACGCCUCCACCUUCUGUUGUAGGCAUACCGAACAUUCCUUGCUCCACAAGUGGGUAUUCUUACACAAUCUUGAAACUGGGACCACUGCAAUUUACAAGGAAAGGCCUAUCUGUAGCAAGUACUUCAGCAAGCCUCUCCUUUGCAAUAUUCCAAAGUGCAAGUCUCUGCUUGACAACAACCACUCCCGAGCAGCUUGCCUCUGCUCUGUGGUGGUUUAUGAUUCCACUGAAGCAUAUUGGUGUGCCAGUACCUGAGAUAAUACUUACACUACUACUGUCAUUGAGGUUCAUCAAUUUAGUAUUUGAUGAGGUUCGCAACUCAGCUCUAGCGAUUGUAGCACGCCGGAUAAAUUGGAAAAAGCUGACAGCUAUGGAAACUAUAGAUAUUUUCUUCAACUAUGUCCGGCGGAUAUUCAAAAAUAUAUUUGAUCACGCAGAGCAAAUAUCCAAGGCAAUGGUAGCUCGAGGAUUUCGUGGCAAUCCAAGCAAUCACAAGAUCUACUUUCUUUCAGAAUCAUCAUUUGGAAUUGCGGAUCUCUUUUCAUUGCUUUGCUUAUUUGCUGUAGUGAGCUUGGCUUCCUUUUCUGACCAGUUGGUUUGAUGGUAACAAAAAGGUAUUCAUGGAUAUCCACCUGUUUGAUUUUUUUUUGGUGGUAACAAGAAUGUUAUGGAAAUGAGCUAGAGUUCAAAAUGUAUAUGUUACACGAUCCUCCAUUGGAAACUGGUGCAAAGGAUCACACUAACAUGGCGUUCCGAGCAGGAACAGCAUGACUUGGAUUCUUUGCAAGGCAGAUAAUCACAGAAAGCUAAGUGCACACGUGGAACUGUUUGAUGAUGUUUGUUGAGUUGAUCCUAGUUAGGGAAAAUGUGAGUGAAUAUUGUUGAAAGGAAAUUGCCUCGGCAAUAUGUAUCCUUGUUGAAAGGGAAUUGCCUUGGCAGUGUGUCCCCAAGUUUUGUUGUAGGUUUAUCAUAAGUCAAACUUCUUUAGCUUUAACCAAAUCAAUAGGAAAUUGUACAAACAUUUACAACAUCAAAUAAGAUUCAUUGUAUCCACGAUGAAAUAUAUUUUAAUGGUGUAUAUGUAUAUACAUUUUUCUAUAAA